AUGGAAGCUAGAAAGGGAAUCCCAGCGGCCUUUGUGGUUGCUUUCCGCGCUGGAUCGGUCAUGGGUUUCCUCCUGUCGGCGAACGGACUGCUGGUGUUGUUCCUGACCAUCCUCGCCUACAGGAAGUACUACGGCGAUGACUGGGCCGGCCUGUACGAGUCCAUCACAGGUUACGGUCUUGGUGGUUCAUCUGUGGCCCUGUUUGGUCGGGUUGGUGGUGGUAUUUACACCAAGGCUGCUGAUGUCGGUGCGGAUCUCGUGGGCAAGGUUGAGAGGAACAUUCCCGAGGACGAUCCCAGGAACCCUGCUGUUAUUGCUGACAACGUGGGAGACAAUGUGGGUGACAUUGCUGGCAUGGGUUCUGACCUGUUCGGCUCUUUUGCCGAGUCGACCUGCGCGGCCCUUGUGAUCUCGGCCCUGUCUCAGCCUGGGAAGGACCAUGAUUUCUCGGCCAUGUGCUUCCCUCUUCUGGUCAGCGGUGCUGGUAUUCUUGUGUGCCUGAUCACCACCAUCAUCGCAACGGAUAUUCAGCAAGUGAAGGAGAAGGCUGAGAUUGAGCCGGCAUUGAAGAAGCAGCUGGUGAUCUCUACCGUGCUGAUGACUCCUGUGAUCUUCCUCGUUGCGUUCUACGCUCUUCCGCCUACCUUUAAGAUCACUGUUGUCGGUCAGGGCGACAAGGUUGUUCAGAACUGGCCUGUUCAAGACGUUGCUGACUCUUGCCGUACUGGUGCGGCCACUAACAUCAUCUUUGGCCUUGCCCUUGGCUACAAGUCGGUUAUCAUUCCGGUGUUCGCUAUUGCUGCUGCGAUCUACGUGAGCUUCCAGUUCGCUGGCAUGUAUGGCAUUGCCCUGGCUGCUCUUGGCAUGCUGAGCACUCUUGCAACCGGUCUGGCCAUUGAUGCGUACGGACCAAUCAGUGACAAUGCUGGUGGCAUUGCUGAGAUGGCGGGUAUGGGUGAGGAGAUCCGUGAGCGCACCGAUGCUCUGGAUGCUGCUGGAAACACCACUGCUGCUAUUGGCAAGGGCUUUGCCAUCGGCUCUGCUGCACUCGUGUCCCUUGCUCUAUUUGGAGCUUAUGUAAGCCGGGCCAAGGUUAACGUUGUCAACGUGACCGAGCCCCAGGCCUUCGUCGGGCUCCUCGUUGGUGCUAUGCUGCCCUACUGGUUCUCUGCCAUGACCAUGAAGAGUGUGGGCAAGGCUGCUCUUGCAAUGGUGGAGGAGGUUCGUCGCCAGUUCAACACCAUGCCUGGCUUGAUGGAGGGAACCACGAAGCCAGACUACAAGAAGUGUGUGGAGAUUUCGACUGCUGCCUCUCUGCGUGAGAUGAUUCCUCCUGGCGCGCUUGUGAUGCUGAGCCCUGUGAUUGCGGGAACCCUCUUUGGAACCACUACCCUUGCUGGCAUGCUGGCGGGUGCGCUGGUGUCUGGCGUCCAGAUUGCCAUUUCUGCGUCCAACACUGGUGGUGCAUGGGACAAUGCCAAGAAGUACAUUGAGGCUGGCAACUCUGCUCAUGCCAAGAGCCUUGGCCCCAAGGGCUCUGAUCCCCACAAGGCUGCAGUUAUUGGGGACACUGUUGGUGAUCCCCUGAAGGACACGUCAGGCCCGUCCCUGAACAUUCUGAUCAAGCUGAUGGCUGUGGAGUCGCUGGUGUUUGCACCCUUCUUUGCCACCCACGGUGGCAUCAUCUGGGGAGGCAAGUAG